AAAUUUUACACUCUUGCCUCACCAUAUUAGUUCAAGUAAAUAACCUCCACUUAUAUGCUCAUAAAUCUUCAUUUCUUCUCCCAACCCUAAUUUUACACUCUUUUCUUAACCUAAAAAGAUCAAUCAUUUGUACAACAUAAAAAUUUCUACUUUUACUCUAUUAAUCAAUCUCAACCUCUUGUUCCCUUUUCUCCAUCUUUUUCCAAUCUCAUCAUUCAUCUCUCUUUUUUUCUUCAUACACUUUACUACCACCUAUGGAAGAUUUCAUCAUCUCACCUUCAUCAUCUUCUUCCAUGAUACAAAACCCUUUAUUACCACAAACAUCAACCCUUCAACAAAAGCUUCAAUUUUUACUCCAAUCUCAAUCCGACAAUUGGGUCUAUGCCAUUUUGUGGCAAACAACAAAAGAUGAAAAAGGUAACCCUUUCUUAUCUUGGGGUGAAGGCCAUUUCCAAGGAACCAAAGAAACAACAACUACUUCAAACAAACGAUGUGACACAGACGCAGACACAGACACGUGUACAAAUGGUGAUGCUGAAUGGUUCUACGUUAUGUCGUUGACACGAAGCUUUUCCGUCGGUAAUUCUUCUUCUAUUUCUUUACCUGGUAAAGCUUUUGCCUUAGAUUCUGUUCUAUGGUUGAAUAGUAAACAAGAGCUUCAAUUUUAUAACUGUGAGAGAUCCAAUGAAGCACACGUGCACGGAAUCGAAACGUUAAUUUGUAUUCCAACAACCAUGGGAGUUCUCGAAAUGGGGUCUUACGAAAAUAUCCAACAAAAUUGGAACCUCGUACAUCAAGCUAAAUCCAUGUUCCAAUCAUCCUCGUCAGAAUCAAACUCAAUCUCAAAACUAGAUCUUCUUCCCACCAACCCACUUGACAAAAUCCAAACAUUCGACCAAAACAUCUCAUUCUCCGACAUCGGUAUCAUCUCCGGCACCGGCGAGGAAACCGAGGAGACACAAAAAACGAUGAACAAAAAACUACAAAAAAAACAUAACAUUGUUUCAUCAUGUUACAUAGAUUCUGAACAUUCCGACUCAGAAUAUUAUCCACAAUUACCAACACCAUCAACAACAACAAAAACAAAUGAUUCUUUUGAGAAACGAGAACCGAAGAAGAGAGGAAGAAAACCACUAACCGGAGUUCAAACUCCGAUGAACCAUGUGGAAGCAGAGAGACAGAGGAGAGAGAAACUAAACAAUAGAUUCUACGCUCUAAGAGCAGUGGUUCCAAACGUUUCAAGGAUGGACAAAGCUUCAUUGUUAUCCGAUGCAGUGGAUUACAUCAACGAGUUAAAAGCAAAAGUCGAAGAAUUAGAAUCAGAGAAUCAAAAGGAAACAAAAAAACUGAAGAUGGAAACAAUCGAAAGUACAGUAACAACAACUUCAACUGUGGUGGACCAAAAAAGAACAUGUAGUAGUAAUAACAACAACAAUGUUAUCGCUUUGGAGAUUGAUGUGAAGAUUAUAGGUAACGAUGCUAUGGUGAGAGUUCAAUCCGAGAAUGUUAAUCACCCUGGAGCAAGAUUAAUGAGUGUGUUUAAGGAUUUGGAGUUUCAGGUACAUCAUGCGAGUAUAUCAUGUUUUAAUGAAAUAAUGGUUCAAGAUGUUGUGGUUGUUCAACUUCCUGACGAGAUGAGAAAUGAAGAGAGUCUUAGAUCUGCAAUUCGAAUGAGAUUGGAACAUGAAUGAUCAAGAAGAAAAUCAUAAUCUUCAUUCAUAAUCAUGUACUAGUACUAAAUUACAUUAUUGCUUUGAGGAGAUUAAGAAACUUGUCUCUUUGCGACUCUGCGUAUUGUUUUGGAUUUCAAUGUUGAAGACAAAAUUAAACGAAUACUGUUAUCUUAUGAUAGGUUCUGUUCUGUCCGUAUAAUAUUUUAAUGUUAUAACGUGGAUGUCAAAUAAGAUUUCAUUUGAUUUUAA